CCUUUAAUAACACAUACAUAUGGCAGGGAAACAGAAGAAGCAAAAGGGUGGAGGAGGUAAUGGAGGUGCCAAGCCUCCAACGACUAUUCCGCAUAAAGAUCAUUAUGCGAGAAUCUCCUACCUAUACCAGACAUCAGCUCUUUUCAGUACUCUGAAGAAGUAUCAAGUUCUUUCAAGAAAUUUGGCAAGAAAUGUAGAUUUGGUGUCAAAGAAAACAGUUUUGAAGCUUACUCCGGCUAUAAAGAGGAAUAUUUGCAAACGGUGUAACACCAACAUGAUUGCUGGGAUCACCAUGAAGAUGAGUGUGGAGAACAAGUCCAAAAGUGCUGAUGGUGGUGGAGGAGGUGGUCUUGGGAUGACCAACGAUAGGAAUGAUGUUCUUGUACAUGAAUGUUUACAUUGUGGGCAGACCAAGAGGUUCCCGAUCGGUAAGGAUCGAGAGUAUCGGGUCUUCAGCGAGAAGGAAGAGGUGGCGUUACCAGUUGAUUGAUUGAUAGUGAGUGUUAUUUAAUGAAAUGUUACGACGACAAAAAUAAUAUAGAGUGGCUACAAUGUAAUUUUACAGAUAAAAACACAUCUGCUUUACUCCAUUAUUAAUUCUUCUUCUUCUUCUUCUUCUUUUUUUCUCUUCGUUAUAUUAAGAAACAAGUGCUACUCUCUAC